UUGCAAUGGUAAAGUGCAGAAGUGGUCACUCUUAACGAGCGGUUUCGUGCCAAGCAAAGAGAGACGUAGUCGUGGUAUUUUCUAGAAAAGACACCCCAUUUGGCUUUCUUUGCUGUUAAUUUUCUCCUUUCAUCUAUGAGUAAAGCACGACAACAGGUAAGGACUAAAGAGAGUAAGACGAACAAGAGGCAUUUUAACUUUUCUAACGGUCGUACUCAGAAUACUAACUAUUCCAAAGUAAGUCAGGUUUGACUGUUCUCUCUGAUACGUUUUUAUGAAUCUAGGUGCCAGAUACUCUCUGUUAUCUAAAAAGUCGAUAUGUUCGUAUGACGAUGAGUUUAUAAUGCGAGUACAAAUGAUUUGUGAAACCUUGAAAGCAUCGAUUGUGACGUGGCUCUGUUAACGCACACGUUAUAUCUACGUUUGUGAUAUCUUACUCUCGAAUGCAUCGGUCAAACUAUGGCACCAAUCACGGCACCAGUGUGUCUUUUGAGAUUGAAUUUCCAGUACGAGGUGUUGUCAAUCUUGGCUGUUUACUGAUGUGUAGACGCUUACGUUGAAAUAAAAAAAAAAAAGAUGUUCAAAUCCACUAGUAAAAGCACAAAACGGGCAGGCAGUAGUACCUGUACUACUACUACUAUUAAACUAGUACUACUACUACAACCACUGCUACUACUACUACGUACUACUACUAGAAAACCCUUUUUUGGUCAACUUGGAUAAAAACAAAACACUAAGACGAGGCUCCCAACUUAUCCUAGGGCUGUGCAAUUUAUUUUAUCGCACCAAUCAAAUACCUAAAAACAAAUCUGCUAUCGAUCGAUGAUAGGUUGUGUGCUCUUGCGUUGAGAAACCUAUGAUUAAAAAGCGAACCGAAAAACAAUAACACUAAAAACGUCUUUAACGGUUCAGAAAGGUGAGACUUGAGUUUACGUAAUUCUGGGGUUCUAUCACUUUGUAUUACAUUUUGAUACAUUGUAAUCUAUUGUUUUGUCUUUGGUAAUGAAGGAAUUCUGCUGACUUUCCGACAGCCUAUGACACUUUUUGGACCUAAGUGCUUGUGUUAACGGUAAAAGUGUAGAACCCAACCUUUUGAUGCAGGAGAGAUAUGAGUGAACAAACAGAAAGAGAGAAAGGUUUUUAUUCACGUUAAAAAAAAUCAGAAAAAAAAAUACGACCAACCCAUACGGAUACUUUUAUCAUUUGUAUGCAGUCCGAGCAAAGGAUCGAUGGAGUAGCGAAGGUACAGUGUCCAGCAAGAACUCUUUGAGUGUGGACACGCUUAUAGGGAAAGCAAGGAGAUCAUAUACGCUAUCUAUGGCAUGUACUGACGAGGGGCAUCAAGAUAUACCAUAUUGGAAGCAGUGCUGAGAUCAUACAACAUUGUUGUCGAUGCACCCGAUGAGUGCUUAUGGGUCGAUGUGCUAUUGGUACUCUCGUUUUGCCGUUAACUAAGCAACUGCGGAAAGCUAUGGACAACAAAGGACAGUCCUAUGAAACGAUCUUGCAGAAUAGUACAGGCUUCAACAAUCCCAACAACAUUAAAUAUCUUUCCGACUUGAUGGGGCUUGGACAAGAAAAUCACUCGAACAUGGUUGGCUUGAGAGAGAGGUUCCCACCGAAUGAGUAUUCUUCCGAACUGAGGCAAGCCCAAGCCAGUAAGUGGGCCUUCCGGAAUGUUGCUGAAGGGAUCGAUCACUUCAAAGCAGGACGACACUCCGAGGCCUUCCAGUGCCUGAACAAGGCACUCACUGUCGACCCUCGGAAUGUCGAGGGGUUGGUUGCACGAGGUGCCCUAUAUGCAAAUAGUGGCAGCUUCAAGAAGGCCAUCGAUGACUUCGAGACAGCCUUGAAGUUGAAUCAGACUCACGCGAACGCUCGCAAGUACAUGGCAGAGACGUUGGUAGCUUUGGGACGCAGUUACGAAGACGAGAAGAAAUUCGAAGAAGCUCAGAAAGCUUACGAGAAUUGCCUGGCGAUUGCUCCAUUUCAUGAGGAGGCUCGCAACUCCAUCGAGUACAUCAAAACGAAAACUUUGACGGCGACUUUGAACCCUUUGGACACGUUCAAGACCUUCGAGACGGAGACCGACGUCGUGGAGAACAAAAAGGAGAAGAAAAAGCGCAAGAAGGAACGCAAGUCCAGGUCGAAGAAGAGACAGAGGUGGAGCUCGUCGUCGAGCUCGUCGUCGAGCGGGUCUUCGAGCUCGAGCAGCACCGAGUCGAGCAGCUCCUCUUCCUCGGGCAGCUCGAGGUCGGCUUCCAGGUCGCCGAGCAGGAAGCGAAAGCACAAGAAGGACCACCGGGGAUCGCUUUCCCCACUCAGUAAACGCAUGGCACAGUACAACAAUCCACCAGCUGCUGCCUCGGCCGUUCAUGAAACGGCCGUUCCAGUUCCCUAUGCUCUGGGCUCGAGAGACAAAAUGGACGACUACGAAAUUAAAGUCAGGAAGUUCUUAGAGCAGACCAAGGACGACUCCGACUACGAGGAUAAGGUCAGGAAGUUUCUGGAAGAAACCGCUAGAUGGAAGAGGGAGCGCGAGAAGGAGAAGAAGCACUCCGAGAGCGAGAAGAUGAAGAAGAAAAAGAAGAAGGAGAAAAAGACAAAAGAGAAGGACAAAGAGGACAAGAAGAGUCGCAAGAAGAAAAAGAAGGAGGAGCGCAAGAAGCGAAAGAACAAGGACCGGCUCGAGCGGGAUUUGGAAGCCCUAAAGAAGUCCUCGUUGCCCGAUCUGGAGCAGCUCGAGUCGAAGCUGAGCGCUUAUUACGCCAAGGUCGAAAAGGAAACGGCAGUGUUGAAAAGGUAUGUAGCACAGUGUAAUGACAUGCCUUCCCCUCUUAGCAACGCUGAAAAGCUAGCUGAGAGUUCGCGCAGGGAAGAGGAGCUUCGUCGGGAAAGAGAAAGAGACGAGGCGUCGAAAGCGUAUCACGAGCGGGAAGCGAGAUUACCGAUGACUGCUCAGCAACGAAAGGAGAUCCAGAGAAAGCCUCUAACGGACAUAUUCGAGCAGGAGUCCCAGUUAAUACACCCUGAGCCAAAAGUCCCAACCUUGGACACUGCCGCACUCAAUGCUAAAUGGAAAGCUGCGCAAGCUGCCAGGCAAAAAGACGUACACCCGCAGAAAUGGACCGAGAGCCAGAUGCCCGAGAAGAAGAUGCAGAACGUCCUGAGCGAGGAGGACGACGACAACGAGCUCGAGGAAAAAAUCCAACGAGCAGCCCUGGAGAAGUCUCUGAACAUCCGCAAGCAGAUGCAGCGCGAGCUCGCGGAGAAACGCGCGGCGACGCAGCCGAUGGCGACUCCAACGCCUCCGCCCCCGUUGCCGAAGGAAUCCCCGAUCUCCAAGCAAACCGUCCCAGUAAAGUACCCGACCCCGCAGCCGCAGAACAAGUUCCAGUCGUACAAGGAGCAGUCGGUGCCGCAGUCGUCGGGCAGCAGCGGAAAGUUCGCCUCGGGAGGGGGAGGGAGCAACCUGGGUGGGAAGUUCCAGCCGAUCGGCCAGGGCAGCGGAGGUAGUGGAGGAGGUGGAGGCAGCGCGCACCAUCAUCCUCCCGAGCCGCCAGCUCUAAGACCACCGCCGACCAAGUCCCAGGCCAAGGGCCCCAGGACCGACUCCGACAGCGAUACCGAGCGUAUGCACAGGCACACCCCGAAAAAGCGAGUCGACCCGGGUCGGGGAGUAAAUUCCAGUAAACGCGUGAGCAGAGACAGACCGGUCCGCCGGUCGCGCAGCAGAUCUCGCAGCGUCUCGAGCUCGGGAUCCUCGAGGUCGCGGUCCCCGAGGCGCAGCAAGUCCAGGUCCUACUCGAACCGACGAUCCGGGAGCUACGAGAGAAAGUACAGCAGGUCCCCGUCCGGCACCUACAGCAGGUCGAGGUCCAGGUCGCGGUCCAGGUCCUACACGAGGAGUCGCAGCCGCAGCAGGUCCGGCGAUCGCGGCUACUACCGGAAGAGGCAGUUCCGGCCGUACAACAACCGUGGGACGUACUACAAGCCCCGGUUCCAGGGCUUCAACAACCAGAACCACCGCGGCGGCGGCGGGGGCGGGAUGAACUUCCAGAACCGCAACCGCUUCUACAACAACCAGCACAACAACCGCUUCGGGAACCGGCGGGGAGGCGGUGGCUUCAACAACCGGGGCGGAGGAAGGGGCCGCGGCGGUAACCGUGGAGGUAGAUUUUUCCACGGUAAGCAGGGCUUCCGCGAUUUUAGAGAUAGAAGGGACUUUAGAGACCGGCGCGCGGUCUCGCGGGAUCGCUAUAGCGACCGCAGUUACUCGCCCGAUCCCAUGAGGAAGGUCGACGAGGCGAAGGAGAAGAUCAACAAGAUGCUUGAGAACGACCACGGGGACCACCACCGGCCCUCGACUGGGGGCGGUUCCAACGUGCCUCCGAGCAAGCGGCAGGAUGGACCCCUCAGCGAGGGCGAGGAGAGGGACGACGACGACUACGAGAGGUGGGGAGAGGGCGAGGGGGGCGACUCCGCUAACAAGGUUGGUUAGGACUCUUCUGCCUAGGGGAUUCGCUUUGGGCCGUCUCUCUCGGGGAUGAGCCGAGUCUCCUGUCGCUCCCCUGUCGGUGCGCGAGCGGACUUCUGGCCUCUCGCGCGGCCUCUCGUCUGAGACACCCCCCGCUCGCAAAGGUGUCGAUGAUGAUGACGGCGACGACGGUGACGACGACGACGACCAUGAUCCGCAAUCACACGCCCACUACCCCGUCGCGGGCAGCGACCUCAGGAGCCAACUAAAUCCUCCUUUGUUGCCAGAGCGAGGAGGUUGGGCCAACGACCGACGCUAACCUGGAGGGGAGGGAGCGCUUCAUUGAACGUAUGAAGCAGAGAAGCAAGAAUGUUUUAAUCCAGAGGGCCAUUGCCGCCAAGAUCUGGUGAAGAGACCCCACGUUGUUUCCGGGGACACCGCGGACCAGGAAGAGGAGAAGAGGACUCCAUGUCCGAGACCGCCUUUUGUGUCCCCCCUUUUUGUCUCCCUCGAAGUUCGAACUUUCCGGAACGUUCGGGUCCUAAGGUCGCGGGCCCUUGUACGGGACUUUGGCGAUGUUCGUAGUUAAGUUUAGCCUUGGUCAGGAACCUCUCGCGAGUUUCUACCUUUAAGACAUCGGCUGUACCGUACUGAGAAGUCCCAAACGUUCUAUUUGGUUUCUUAUUGCGCGUGUCGGCAUCGUCUUCGUCCUCGUUUGGGCGCCAUUUUGUCGGCAGGGGGCGACACUCCUGCAUGCCCUGUUGAAUUUCACGGUUUACGAUGACGGUGCUCGAGGUUUUAAAAGGGGACCCACGGGAUCUGCGAGGCUGUUCGACGAGGUUUCAUCUACUCGUUGAAAAGGGAUGCAUCUCUUAGAUUUUUACCUAGAGGUGCGUUCUUCGGCAACGAGUUGUCUUGGAUGUUGGAUCUCGUCGAGUCGCAGAUUCUCGAUUAUCCUUUGACGGGUUUUUUAUCACCUUGAGACGCGUUUCGAGUGUUGCUUAAUGCGUUGCUUAUCAGUUUGUAUCCUCGGCUCGCGAGGAACCCGGUAGCUUUAUGAAAAAUUAUACCUAGGGGUUUAUUUCUUAAAAAGAACAUUGUCAGCCGAUACCUACAACUUGCAACAGGGUUUGCUCAUUCCCAGAAAAUGAAUGGCGGAGUUCAUUUUUUUUUUCUCGUCAUUUUGGUACGCCCUGGCGUUGGGUACUGAUCUUCGACUCUUCAAGGUUCCGGACCUUCGAAGGGUUGAUGGAAUUAAUUCGAAAUUUAAAAUCGGCAAGUUGAAGGCGCGGGCUUUUAAAUACCAUUUUGCAUUGUUCUGGUCGAUCAUGGAAUCUGUACUUUUAAGGAUUCUAAGCCUUUUGUAAGCCGAACCGGAAACUACUUGGGCCAUGCGAGGGGACGAAAGUCUCGGCGAAUAUUCCUAGAGAUCGGUUAAAAGCGGAUACGGAGCGACGUAGUUUGUACACAGUUUCGAUCGGUCCUUCGUGAUAAUUACGGGAGAAAAGCGGAGGUUCUUGCGACCUCCGUAUCUUAUUGCGUUAGGGACAGAAUAUGUUAAUACGACCCCGUACGAGCGACGCACCACAUCACUUAUAUAUGUUGUAUGUAAACGAGUUGCUGUACGAUUUCAAGUCGAGGAAAUAUACAUUACGACCAUC